AUAGUUGUUUGCAAACAAUCAAAGACUCAUUGCGUUUGUGUUUUGCAGUCAUUUGUCAUUCAUUUCAAUUGAUUAGUGAUUAGUGUUGCCAUGAAUUCAUUGAACACCAGAUCCGUGUCAUCGAUCAUCAAACGCAAGAAUACGGACCAAUUGGACGACCCGUCCAAUGAGGCGGACAAUGAGAGCGAGCCUAAGAAGAAGACGCGCGACGAGUGGCGAAAGGCCAAGGAGUUGGAGGAGAUGAGGAAAGCCGGUACAGCACCGGCACUUCAGGACGAGGAGGGCAGGGACAUCAAUCCACACAUACCUCAGUACAUAUCAUCGACGCCGUGGUAUUUCGGAUCGGAAGGACCCACUCUUAAGCAUCAA